CAUACUGAAGACAAUUGUUGCUUUUAGCUUUUGCGAACGAGCUAAUCUUACGCGGUCAUCGCUUUCGAGCAAAGACCUAUGCUGGAGCUGAUGCAGUAAGUGCUUGUCUCUAUAGUCUUACUUUUCGGAACAAUUCUCACUCUUGCGACCUCGUUUGCUCGUACUUGUUGAAGUUCCAGUUUUCACCAGUACUUGUUUUUAUCAUAAAAUGUAGCCCUAGUGGCAAAACAAAAUGGCGCCAACAGAAGCAGGCACUGACGACGCUGCACCGGCACCGCACACAUCUGCAACAGAACUCCGCCCCGAGCUCUCGUUCGUCACAACUCUUGCUCGCAGUGUCGGCGACCGGAUUCGCGCCAGCUUUGGCCUCGGAAACGACGUUAUCCUGAGUAAAAACGUACCCACACCAGAGUUGUAAUGCAGAUUUGCAAAGACAGGAAGACUUGUAAUGCGCAUCCGCAUGAGAGCCAUUUCCAGUCGUGUUUUGGAAUUUGUGAUGCUGUGAACAGGAUGAGCAGAUGAAUCUGUGGCGCGGCUGCACUUGCUAACCUGCACUACACUGCAGAGUGCAACUUGUCAUGCGUGACUCACAAAGCUCCUAGGUUUGUGUUGCAAAAUCCCCAUCCUGGCUCUGGUGUGGGUAGGUUUUUACUCAGGAUAGACGUGUUUUUUGAUUUAUCGGACGUAGACAUCAAGUUGAAAGCCUCCGCCGCCGACCUGGUUACCGAAGUGGACGUGGCGGUAGAAAAAAUAAUAACGGAAGCGAUCCUGGCCGACUUCCCAAACCACAAGAUCCUCGGGGAGGAAACCGCGAUCGAGGGGGUUUCGAAACUGACCGCGGACAAAACCUGGAUCAUAGACCCGAUUGACGGGACGACCAACUUCGUGCACGGCGUGCCGUACGUCGGCGUGUCGAUCGGGUACUACGAGAAUUUUAUCAAAUGUAAAAAUGUCUGGGUCUGGAAGAUUCCUAGAUUUGUCAUGCAGAUUUUCCAUGACCCAUGAGGUCUGGAAUGCAGGGCUUAGCAUGACAGAGUCUGUGAGGUCUCUGCCAUGCCUAUCCCGCAUGAGAAACUACCUCCCAACUUGGUCGAAAGUGGACAGCUUUUGGCACUCAUGCAACACAGAUUUUUGCAUUAUUCGGAUUUAGCAUGACAAGUUUCAAUCUUCCAGACCCAGACGUUUUUACAUUUGAUAAAUUUCGAACCGGUUCUUGGCGUCGUUUACAACCCGAUUUUGGACGAGUUGUUUGCGGCGGAACGGGGCAAAGGAGCUUUCUUGGAGUGCUUCGAAAGUAAAACAAGAAAGCCUGGAUCGACGAACAUCACGGUGCAACUAAAGAAGAUCGCACUGUCACGCCGAAACGCGAGCAGCAAAACACUGCAGGAAUCUCUUGUAGGAACAGGGUUUCAGGUACAGGAACUGGCGAAGUUAAGAGACACGACCCGUCGGGAUGAACUGGAUGAAAAGCAGAUCGCCGCCUUGCACCGGAUAAAAGAGACGGUCGCGAGAAACACCAUGGCCGUCGUGCUUGAAUCCCGGGACCUCCGCCGCUCCGGAUCCGCGGCGUGCGACUUGUGCAACGUCGCCUGCGGGAGAUUAGACUGCUACUUCGAAACGGGCAUAAAGGAAUGGGACGUGGCUGCGGGAAUCCUGAUUUGCCAAGAAGCGGGUUGCGUCAUUGCGGAUUACACGGGAAAAAUGCUCGCGAAGGAACUGGAUGGACGACGGAUCGUGGCCGCUGCGAAUCCAACAAUCAUGAAACAAGUCGUGGAGCUGAUUGAAAUGUAGAAAAGGACGUUUUUGUUUGCACUAUCGCGAGGACUUUCCGCCACACUCCAUACCACUACGUGAAGAUUGAUGGAAAAUAAACACACAAAAGCAGGUCAGCGAUCAUCGCUCGCUCCGCCUCGAACUAUGCUGCUAAGAACGCCGUUGAUUUUGUCGUCAAAUAGCACAGCACAGCACAGCAGCCACUAUAUCAAUCUCAUUAGUAGUACAGGAUAGCACCUUUCCGGAGGUUUUGAGUACAGUAGAACCGUACCGCCGAGCAGCCGACGCCAAGCAAGAGCACGGCUGCAACUUUGUACACGAUGAAGAAAAAAAAUGUUCCUGCUAUGCGGAAGAGAGUAGAAGGCAGCUGUGAAGUGGCUUUGCUUUAUUGUUGUUCUUUU